CUCUAUCUCUCACUCUCUCACUCUCUCUCUCUCUAUAUAUAUAUAAAUUCUAUAUCACUUGCUUUCUGAUUUUUCGCCGCUAUAACUUUUGUUUUUUCUUCUUCUUCUACUACUUUUAAUGUACAUCUUCUUUCUCCCAUUUUUCUCUCGAUUAUAUAGCUUCUACAAUCCACUACUCGUCAAUUGAUUGAUAGAAAGAGAGAGAGAGGAAGCAUUAAUUGUCUUCAUCAACCCUACAAAGUGUUCAAACGUGUCUUUUCGUAGUUCCCAAGUAACUAUAUAUAUAUUUACAUAGUAGUAGUGGUAGUAUAUAUUAACUGAAUUAAUUAGCUAAGUAGAGUUAGGUAGAAGUGAGGAUGAAAGACACAAGCAGUAGUGGGGGUGGGGGAGGAGGUAGAAAACAAGGCGCUCCUUCUCCCUGUGCGGCCUGCAAACUCCUCCGGCGAAGGUGCGCCCAGGAUUGUGUGUUUGCACCUUAUUUUCCUGCUGAUGAGCCUCAAAAGUUUGCCAAUGUGCACAAGGUUUUUGGUGCUAGUAAUGUCAACAAGAUGUUACAGGAGUUACCGGUCCACCAUCGAGGGGAUGCUGUGAGUAGCAUGGUCUACGAAGCAAACGCUAGGGUGCGUGACCCAGUCUACGGCUGCGUUGGGGCCAUCUCUUCUCUCCAACAACAAAUCGACGUGCUUCAGGCCCAAUUAGCAUUGGCUCAGGCUGAAGUGGUGCACUUGCGAGUCCGGCAAAAUGCUUCGUUGUCCAGUCAUGGGCUAAGCCCAGCUAGCCCAAGCAACAGUGACUCACCUUCGUCCAAGCUCAUGGGCUCUCAGCCCAAGCCCAUUUUUGAAAUGGACAUGAGCGUAGACCAAGGCAGCUUUGGAGAGACAAUGUGGUGCUAGGGUAGACAAUAUGCGGAUUAUCACUACUGCUAAAAAUAUAUAAUUUAUAUAUAUAGUAAUUAAAUAUUGUCUACCGUAGGUAAAAUUUUACAUCUUAAACCUUAUUAUAUAUACAUUCGGGGUAGAAGCAAUACGUGAGGCGGUGAUGGCACCGCACAGCUGCGGCGUAGAAGCGGUGGUGGAGGCCAUUCGCCCGCUUUUGUUUGAAAUUGUGUCAUUGAUGAACUGGGGUUAGUGUAAAUACAAUUUACUUUCUUGAAAGAGCAAGUAAUCUCAAACUGUCUAGCCCUAUUGAUUAGAUUACAUGGGUCUAGUAAGUUGAGAUCACCAUCUACUGCAUGGAGUUUCGUUUAAUCCAAGUAAUAUAAUUAUUUUUAUUUUGGAAGUUUUUUUUUUUUUUUACUUUAAAUUAUAUUUGGAGUUGAUUACACUAUACUAUUAGUGAUACAUAUACUAUAAAAUGAGAUUCUUUUUC